AUGGAUUGUGGCAAGGACAUCUGUGGGAGUGGUACUCCUACAAAGCAUCAAGGAACUCACACAGGGGAAAAACCAUUUAAAUGCAUGGAGUGUGGAACAUGCUUCCGUCAUAGACAAUCGCUAAGAAGGCAUCAAUAUACUCAUACAGGGGAGAAACCAUAUAAAUGUUUUGAGUGUGGAAAAUGCUUCACACAGAGUGGAAACCUCUGUAUACAUAUGCGAAUUCACACGGGGGAGAAACCAUUUAAAUGUAUGGAGUGUGGACAGAGCUUCCUUUUGAGUAAUCAACUUAAUGCACAUCAUCAAACUCACACGGGUGAGAAACCAUUCAGAUGUAUGGAGUGCGGAAAGAGCUUCUCUCAGAGUGGACAGCUUAAAAGACAUCAGCGAAGUCACACAGGGGAAAAACCAUUUAAAUGCAUAGAGUGUGGGAAGUGCUUCAUCGAUAGUGGAACACUUAGAAAACAUCAAUGGACUCACACAGGGGGAAAACCAUUUAAAUGCAUAGAGUGUGGAAAGAGCUUCAUCGAUAGUGGAACACUUAGAAAACAUCAACGAACUCACACAGGGCAGAAACCAUUUGAAUGCAUGGAGUGUGGAACAAGCUUCCGUCAUAGAGAAUCACUAAUAAUGCAUCAAUGUACUCAUACAGGGGAGAAACCAUAUAAAUGUUUUGAGUGUGGAAAAUGCUUCACACAGAGUGGAAACCUAUAUAUACAUAUGCGAACUCACACGGGGGAGAAACCAUUUAAAUGUAUGGAGUGUGGAACGAGCUUCCUUUUGAGUAAUCACCUUAAUGCACAUCAUCAAACUCACACUGGUGGGAAACCAUUCAGAUGCAUGGAGUGCGGAAAGAGCUUCUCUCAGAGUGGACAGCUUAAAACACAUCAGCGAACUCACACAGGGGAAAAACCAUUUAAAUGCAUAGAGUGUGGAAAGAGCUUCAGUGAGAGUGGAACACUUAGAAAACAUCAACGGACUCACACAGGGGGAAAACCAUUUAAAUGCAUAGAGUGUGGAAAGAGCUUCAGUCAGAGUGGAAACCUUAAAAACCAUCAACGAACUCACACAGGGGAAAAACCAUUUAAAUGCAUAGAGUGUGGAAAGAGUUUCUCUCAGAGUGUGCACCUUAAAAACCAUCAACGAACUCACACAGGGCAGAAACCAUUUAAAUGCAUAGAAUGUGGAAAGAGCUUCAGAGUUCAUGGAACGCUUAGAAGACAUAAUCAAAUUCACACAGGGGAAAAACCAUUUAAAUGCAUGGAGUGUGGAAAAUGCUUCCGUCAGAGUGGAAGCCUUAAUGCACAUCUACAAAUUCACACAGGGGAGAAACCUUUUAAAUGCAUGGAUCAUGGGGAAAGCUUCACUAGAAGUGGAAUGCUUAGAAGACAUCAGCAAACUCACAGGGGAAAAACAAUUUAA